AGUGUCCAAACGAAAUUAUUUUCAUCAUGAUUAAUCUGCAAAUUAUUAUCUGGAAGAGCUCUCAGUCAGGCCACACCCCCCCAUCUGCCAAAUAUGGUCACAUCUGACUUAAAAACAACAACAAGAUGGCGCUGGUCUGUAAAUACUAAACUCAAGGCUUCAAAGGAAUUUUGUCCACACAAACCAAAAAAUAUUGAUCUUACUGUCGUAGAGGAGCAAAGAAACCAGGGAAUAUUCACGUGAGAAGCGGAAAUCUGAUAAUGUUGAUUUUUUAUUGAUUUUUUUCUUUGCAUAAAAACAACUUAAGCCGAUUAAUCGAUUAACAAAUCAUUUAGCAAAUAAUUAAGUAGUCGAUCACUUCUAGAUACUUUUUUUUGGGCAGCUCUAGACGUGUCCAUGGUUUGUGAAGUGUUGCAGCAUUGCAUGAUGUUGUCGAACGGCACAGUUCCCCAAACGCCCCCCACGAGUCAGAGCACGCCACCGCGAGACGACGUCGCCGAGGAAAUCAAGAUGGCAGUGAGCCUGUGUCUGGAGAGGUUUCAGCACAGUGACGACCAGACAGAAAUGGAAUUUCCCUCCUUCUUCACCAGCACUGAGAGGGCUUACGUCCAUCUCAUGGCCCAGUCGCUGGGGUUCCUCUCUAAAAGCCGAGGGAAUGGGCCACAUCGCUUCCUGUCCGUCUGGAAGAACGACGGUUCCGACAGAACUCUGACUUCCGUGCUGCUCACAGUCUCCAUGAAUUCUUUGUAUUCAAUAAACGGUCUCCUGCAGCGGUUCCCCACCAGGCCGAGGGAGCGGGUGGACCUGCAGCCCGCCAUCAGGAAUGGCCUCUGUGGCUCCUCGCAGCAGGGUGACAACAGUGGAGCCCGACACCGGCCAAUCGGAUGCUUGAACAACGGCAUUCCCCUGGUGCCGCAGAAGAGGAAACCUACCAAGCUGGACGGUUUCCGACGCUCCCUGCCGGCCCACGGAUCCCAGGAGGAGAUCGUCCAGCUGCUCAGGGCAAACAGGGUGGUGCUGGUUGUGGGAGAGACUGGCUCCGGAAAAACUACACAGAUCCCACAGUUCCUGCUGGACGACUGCAGUGCAAGCGGAGACGCCUGCAGGAUCUUCUGCACGCAGCCCCGGCGCCUGGCAGUCAUAGCCGUGGCCGAGAGAGUGGCGACAGAGAGAGGAGAGAGCGUGGGUCAGACGGUGGGAUACCACAUCCGACUUGAGAGCAGAUUCUCUCCCAGGACACUGCUAACGUUCUGCACCAGCGAAGUGUUGCUGAGGACGUUGAUGGCUGGAGACGAGAGCCUGGAAACCGUCACUCAUGUCAUCGUGGACGAGGUGCAUGAGCGCGAUGGCCUCACCGACAUCCUGCUCAUAAAGAUGCGUAGCGUCCUGCGGAAGAUUCCCAUGCUGAAGCUGAUCCUUUGCAGUGCGGCGCUGGACAUGGACCUGUUCCAGCAGUACUUUGGCUCCUGCCCUGUCAUCCAGCUUAAAGGAAGACCAUUUGAAGUGCAGGAAGUGUUUCUGGAGGACGUUCUGAAGCUGACGGGUUUCAACAACAAGGACAGGAGGACGUAUCAGGGAAGUACACAGAGAAAGGAGCAGACGAGUUCCACCAACAUGUGGUGUAAAGCAGCGGAGAACAAACAGCGGAGCCCAGAGUCUAUGACGAGCUUCCUGCAGGACAACAGGCCUCUGGACCGAGGGGAUGGUCCCCACAUCCACCUAAAAGAGAGAGACUCAGAACACUUGGAGCCGUGGCUUGUGAAGGAGAUGGACUCGUGCAUCUUCAACAUCUUCUUCAGUGAAGACCCGGAUGCGUACAGUCAGCUGUUCAACCUCAUACUCUACGAGAACGUCAAUGUCGACUACACGCACACUGAGAUCGGGGCCACGCCUCUGAUGAUGGCGGCGAGUCGCGGCUUCUCUGCGCUGAUGGAGCAGCUGCUCAUUAUGGGGGCGGACGUCAACGUGAAGGCGUCUAAUGGAUGGACGGCGUUAGACUUUGCCGAACACUUUCAACACGCGGAUGCUAUGGAUCUACUUCGGUCGUCCAUUCCCCUGACAGAGCGGAGCAGCUUUGAUUAUUCCCCAGAGGAACAUGAGCUGCUCAGACGCCACCACCACAGCUCUGACGACGAGUGGACCGACCUGGACCUCGUCAUGGACCUGCUGCAUCACAUCUGCUCCACCACCUGCGACGGUGCCGUCCUGAUCUUUCUUCCUGGAUACGAGGAGAUGGUGACUCUGAAGUAUCGCAUCCUGUUCGACGAUAAGAGGUUCUCUGGCCAUGUCGAGAGGUUCAACAUCUUCACUCUUCACUCGGACACGCAGACACUGGAGCAGAAGAAAGUGUUGAGCGCUUCUCAGCCUGGCGUCCGGAAGAUCAUCCUUUCCACUGACAUCGCCGAGACGAGCAUCACCGUCAACGACGUGGUCUUCGUCAUCGACUCGGGAAAAGUCAAAGAGAAAUCCUUCGACACUCUGAGUUGCGUGUCCACGUUGAAGACGGUCUGGAUCUCCAAAGCCAGCGCUCUGCAGAGGAAGGGAAGAGCCGGACGCAGCAGAACAGGGAUCUGCUUCCACCUCUUCAGUCGACUCAGUUUCAACAACAUGCUGGAAUUCCAUGUUCCACAGCUGUUGCGCAUGUCGCUGCAGGAAAUGUGUCUGCAAACGAAGCUGCUGGCUCCUUCCUGUCCCGUGUCAGACUUCCUGUCCAGAGCCCCACAGCCUCCGCCGGCGCAGGCCAUCAGGGACGCCGUGCAACGGCUGAAGAUGAUCGGUGCCAUGAACCGGGACGAGGACCUGACGGACCUGGGCUACCACCUGGCUGAGCUCUCAGUGGAGCCCCACCUGGGCAAGAUGGUGCUGUGCGCUGUGGUGCUCAAGUGUCUGGACCCAAUCCUGACCAUCGCCUGCACGCUGGCCUACCGCGACCCCUUCGUCCUCCCCGCCCGCGGCUCCCAGAAGAGAGUGGCUCUGCACUGCCGCAAACACUUCUCCUCCUGCAGCUUCAGCGACCACAUGGCGCUGCUCAGAGCCUUCCAGGCGUGGCAGAAGUCACGCUACGAAGGCUGCGAGCGAUCCUUCUGCGAGAAGAACUUCCUGUCCCAGUCCACCAUGGAGAUGAUACUCGGCAUGAGGAUCCAGCUGCUGGCACAGCUCCGCGCUAUUGGUUUCGUUCGGGCGCGCGGCGGCUGCGACAUCCACGAGCUGAACCUGAACUCUGAGAACUGGGCCGUGGUGAAGGCCGCCCUGGUGGCCGGCAUGUAUCCCAACAUGUUCCACGUGGACCGGGAGGCGUCAGAGCUCUCAAACGACGCAGAGAAGAAGAUCCACUUCCAUCCCACCUCCAUCCUGAACCAGUUCAAAGAGAAAAGCUCGAGCAGAUCGGCCCAGGCUCCGCCCACCGACUGGUUCGUCUAUGACGAGAUGCGUCGAGGGAAGCAGAUGGCCAGCGUCCGCUGCUGCUCCCUGGUGACUCCCAUCGCGGUGGCCAUCUUUGGAGGCUGCGCCAUGUUGCCCAGCUCAGCCCUGCAAGAACAUGUCGUACCCAGAGCCACUGGCUCUUCCUCCUCAGACAGUCCGCCCGACGACAGCGACAGUGGGUCGGAGGACGUGGCCGAGGUCAGAGUGGACGACUGGCUCGCCUUCCAGCUCGAGCCCGAGGCUGCAGGUCUGGUGUCUAAGCUGAAGAAGAUGUGGCUCAACUUGCUCGUCUGGAGAAGCCGAAAUCCGUCAAAGUGCUACAAUCAGAAGGACGAGGCUGUUCUGCAGACGCUGGUUUCUGUGCUGACGGAGGAGGAGCAGCAAGCAGGCCUGCAGCAGCCCACCGGGAUCGGCCAGCGGCCCCGGCCCAUGAUGCCAGGGGAGUGGCCCCAGCAGUCACCGGUGAAGGGCCUCAAAAACAGCCCACAGCAACCGGCCAGCCCCGCCCCCACCCCCGACAAGUCCUGCGAGUCCUCGGUUCCCACAGAUCAGCUCUCAGACGACCUCUGGUCCUCCUGCUCCGUGACCUCCGACAGUCCGUCCCACAGCACCAGCCCCCCCAACCCAGUGAAGCUCCAAGUCUCCAAGCCGCUGUCCGACGGUCAGCCGCUCCGCUACUUCGUCAUGCAGAGCAGCAACAUCCGGAACAUCGAGAUCUCCAAGCAGAGCGGCAUCUGGUCCACGACCACGGGCAACAAGACCAAACUCACCGAGGCAUUUCUGAGCAACUGCCACGUCGUCCUCGUCUUCACCGCUCAGUACUCCGGAUGCUUCCAGGGCUACGCCUGCAUGGUGUCGGACAUCAGCCGGGAGAUCUCGCAGGACUGGGACUUCACGGGCCUGGAGAAGGUUUACGGCGUGGAGUGGAUCCACCGGGAGAGUCUCCCCUUCGAGUGCACGCAGCACAUCCUGAACCCCUGGAGCGACAACGAGGCGGUGCAGAUGAGCAGCGACGGACAGGAAUUGGAGCCGCAGGCGGGACGACAGCUGCUGUUACUGUGGGAGAGGUGAUCUGCACCAGUUCUGUUCUUUAAAACAUUUAAAUCAAGACGAUAAGUUUGGAGUCGCCAGUUUUUAUAUAUUAGGGUUCGUUGUGUUUGUUUUGACUCGUAAAAGUUGUGCGUGUGAACGCUUCACGCUCUCGUGAUGUUUCACUUUAUUCAUGUUCCUUCGUUUUAACACAGGAAAAAAAAGGUCACGUGUUUUCUUUUUUUGUUGUUUUUUUAAGCAUUUGAACUUUGACACGUUUCUUCCUCCGAGUUGAUAAGAUGAACUCUGGACUCUGGUUGUUUUUGUGUUAAUGAAGUGAGAGAGAAAAAUAAAUGAAUACGUUUGGUGUUAAAA